CAUUUUUAGAGGAUCCAUGAGAGUCCCACAAGUGUCCUGUGAAACUUUAUUUAACCUCUCACUCUCACUGGAGCGGAGUUGACCGCAUCUACACAGAGGACCAGCGAGCGGGCGACGUCUGCCUCAAGAUGAGCUGUCAACGAGUCCUCACCUACCUGCGGAUAUUUGGGACGACAAUGUUUGGUGUUUCACUCCUGGUGGGCAUCUCCACAGCUUACAUCAUGGGCUACCAGUUCUUCACCACAGCCCACAAUCAUCUGUCCUUUGGACUGUAUGGAGCUAUCUUGGUUGUUCAUCUUAUCAUCCAAAGUCUCUUUGCACUCUUAGAACAUCGAAAUAUGAAGCGGUCUUUAGAGACACCAAUCAAACUGAAUAAAUCUUUAGCACUAUGCAUUGCAGCUUAUCAAGAGGACCCAAACUACCUGAGGAAAUGCCUGGUGUCAGUAAAGAGGCUGACCUACCCUGGAAUAAAAGUCAUCUUGGUCGUGGAUGGGAACUCAGAUGAUGACUUGUAUAUGAUGGAAAUUUUUAAAGAAAUCAUGGGAAGGGACAAGGUCGCUACAUAUGUGUGGAGGAGUAACUUUCACAGCAGAGGACCAGAAGAGACAGAGGAGAGCUAUGCUGAGGGCCUUCAGCAAGUCUCUGGACUGGUCCUAAACAACAAGUGCGUUUGUAUCAUGCAAAAAUGGGGAGGCAAGAGAGAAGUCAUGUACACAGCCUUUAAAGCGCUGGGAAGGAGUGUUGACUAUGUCCAGGUGUGCGACUCAGACACCAUGCUGGAUCCAGCAUCAUCAGUGGAGAUGGUAAAGGUUCUUGAAGAGGACUCUAUGGUGGGUGGUGUUGGAGGCGAUGUGCAGAUUCUGAACAAAUAUGAGUCAUGGAUCUCCUUCCUGAGUAGUGUCCGCUACUGGAUGGCAUUCAACAUUGAACGGGCUUGCCAGUCAUACUUUGGCUGUGUGCAGUGCAUCAGUGGACCUUUGGGAAUGUACCGAAAUUCACUUCUGCAUGAAUUUCUUGAAGACUGGUACAAUCAGACUUUCAUGGGAUCCCACUGCAGUUUUGGGGAUGACCGCCAUCUAACGAACAGAGUUCUGAGUCUUGGGUAUGCAACCAAGUACACUGCACGGUCCAAGUGUCUGACAGAGACACCAAUUACAUAUUUGCGCUGGCUCAAUCAGCAAACUAGAUGGAGUAAGUCGUAUUUCCGGGAAUGGCUCUACAACUCCAUGUGGUUCCACAAACAUCAUCUUUGGAUGACCUAUGAGGCUGUGAUUACCGGGUUCUUCCCAUUUUUUCUCAUCGCCACUGCGAUCCAACUCUUCUACCAAGGAAGACUUUGGAAUAUUUUGUUGUUUCUUCUGAUUGUGCAGGCAGUGGCACUGAUCAAGUCGACAUUUGCCAGCUGCCUCAGAGGCAACAUUGUCAUGGUCUUUAUGUCCUUUUAUUCUGUACUUUACAUGUCAAGCCUGUUGCCAGCUAAAAUGUUUGCAAUAGCAACAAUCAACAAAUCUGGAUGGGGGACCUCUGGAAGGAAAACAAUUGUGGUGAACUUCAUUGGUCUAAUCCCAAUUUCAGUUUGGUUUACCAUCCUGUUCAUCGGGAUCAUCUACACUACAAUUAUGCAGACUAAAAAACCCUUUCCAGAAUCAGAAAUGCUCAUUUUGAUCAUCGGGGCGGUCGUUUAUGCCAGUUAUUGGGUGAUAUUAUUGACUUUAUAUGGAGUUCUCAUCAACAAAUGUGGUAAAAGAAAGAAGGAACACUAUGACAUGGUGCUGGACGUUUGA